AUGCGAAAAUGCUGGAAGCGUCCGCAAGCUGUUUCACUUGAUUCGUUCGACCGUUCCUCGGAAGCCCAUUAUCAGAGAAAUUACCAGGAACUGAAAUGGCUCCCUGAUACCCAACAAACCGGAAAGUCUGAGCCAAUGGGCUCAGGACUGGAUACCUUUUUUUCGGCUUGCCGCGAACGCUGUCGCUUUCCACAGCUCGAAGUCCAUCUUCCAGGAGAUAAGGCUCAGCCCGGGUCGGUUCUGAAUGAUUUGAUUGCUUCGUUGUUGAACAAUUUCAAACGCCUCUCCCAACAGAGUCGUGGUGGUGCAGCCACAGUUCAUGGUGAGGUGCGCAUUUUCAAAACGUUAAAUGCAAUCAGCAGCGCCAUUGGGUCCAUACUUUUCGGAAACUUGCAGCUGAUCCGCAAGGACCUAUUGAUCGAAUUGACCUGGGCACUUCUGACAGAAGCAAACAGUCGAAUGGAUCACCAAAACUCGAACGACUCCCACCAACUUUACGUGACCUUGUCGCACCUGGCCUAUCUUCGUUCGGUUUGGGACAAACGUGAGACAAGUAGCCACUCGACAGACAAGCAAGACUUUCUCUCUGAACCGAAGUUGUUCCACGCCUUGCUUGAGGUCUUUGUGGCUGGGUUGAGACACUUUGAAUCUUUAGAUUCGGCGCACAGUGCGCGCAUGCAUUCAGCUGUAGCACCCUUCCGGUGCCUAGCUGCCAUGCCACCCGAAGGUUGCACGAGGGCUGGGAUACUGCCAGGUUACCCAAGCCUAGACAGGGGAAGUCGAGAGGCGGAGGUCGGGUUCGAACCACGGACCUUCCGGUCAGUAAGUCCGCGCUCUAACCACUUGGGCCGUCCCGCCCGAGUGUGUUUAGAGCGGGAGUUUACUGACUGGCUGAUCCGUAGUUCGAACCCAACCUCUACAUCUCAACUGCUCCUGUCUAGGCUUGUAAACCUGGCAGUAUUUCAGUCCUCGUACCUGCUUCGGGCGGUUUGUUCGAACGCACUGGUCUCUGGAGCCGUUGAAUACCCCGAGACCGUCUAG